CAGGUCCCGUGUUAAGUCGACGACUGAAGGAGUUGUAAAAAAUAUGAGAUUGUUUUACAACUUGUAGAACUUCAACUGUAUUAUUGUUUAUGCCUACCUAUAAACAUGCAAUAAAUUAUUUAUUUAUUAUAAAAAUAAUUUUAGAAUUAAAAUGUCUAAUUUAUUAGUAUCAGUUAGAUCAUUUCUAGCUACAAAUCACAUGUUAGUAGAUGAUGAGUGGCUUUCUGGAUGUGUUGAAUAUUUAUCUGAAGAUAACAAUUAUAGUGAAUCAGAGAUCAAGCAACUAUCUAAGGAGCAAUGGUUACUCAACAAUCUAAAGGACAUAUGCCCCGGUUCAUUGCCUAAAGAUUUGAAAAAUAUACACAAGAUUCUGUUGACUGGCCGUUUUACUCUCCAGAUAAAUGCGGCUAUUGAUAUAGGUACACCAGCAUAUCAACAAUAUCUUAAGUUACAAAAAGUCAACACUGAAAAUAUCGAUGCAACAGUAAAAUUUGAGGAGAAGGUAUCCAAUCACAGGAUGAUAAAGCUAUACAUGACAGAUGGUGUACAAGAUGUGUCCGGCAUUGAGUACAGGCCUAUGCGGAAUUUAAGCUGUGACAUAACACCUGGCUGCAAAGUUCUGAUAAAGGGGCCAAUAGAAUGUCGUCGAGGUAUAUUGCUUCUAACGGAAAGCAACAUGGAGUUACUAGGAGGAGAAGUACAAGAGAUAGCUAUUUCUAAUUCGCUCGCCGGGCUAUUGUCGUCCAAACUUGGUCUGACUGUUGAUCAGGGUAAUCUAAAUUUAGACACAACUGACAACAGACCAAGAAAUCCAGAUGUACCAGUCCCGCACACACUGAUGCCUCCUGCACAACCGACACCAGCGCCAGUGUUUGAACCAUCAUACAAUGAAACCCAUCGCCCAAUAGCCAGAGUUACCAGCCUGCAAGUUUCUAACUUUGCUGACGAUGAAAUAGAUUUAGAACAGGUAGCGGCGAUAGAAGCUCUAUUUGUCGACAUACCUAGUAAGCGACCACUCAUCGACGAAAAUCCUCAACCUGAGAAAAAAGUAAAGAUAGACACAGGAGAUGAUUAUCCUGACGAAAAUGACGUGUUUCUGGAAGAUGAAGACUAUUUAAGAGAGAUAGAAGCCAAAUUUGAUGCAAAAGAGAUAGAAAUUAAUCAACAGGGUGGAUUUGCCGUGACGAAGCUUGAAGUAAAGGAUAAUCAGACAACUCAUAGGGGACCUGUUUCAGUUAGUUCUGAACCUUUUGUAUAUAUAAAACAAAUAAGUGAAAUGUGUGACAGUGAUAAAGUCGGUAGGGUGUUUAAAAUUAAGGGACAGAUAAUGAAGUUGCUGUCAAAGUUAUCGGUAGGGAAGGACGGUUGGAAUUUAAAAUGUACCCUUGUUGACGGUACUGGUGCCAUAGAUACUGAGUUUACUAGUGAUGUUCUUUCUAAAUUAAUUGGUUUUACACCAGAAGAAAUGAGUAAUAUUAGGAAACAGAUAGCGACGAAGCCGGAGCUGAAGGAAAAUUUUGACAAAGCCCUUCAAAAAGUAAAAGACACACUCCAAGUUCUAUAUUGUAUUAUUGAGUUAACAAUAAUGGAUUUCCCGAAGAUUACGCAGCUUAUACCGUUCGAAGAGAAACAUGCAGAGUUGUUGAAGAGUAGAUUAAAAGACUCUGGCUUAUAGUGUUAAUAAAUGUUAUGUUCACUUUA